UUCAUUCAUAAAAACGUUAUUCAGUAUAAACGUCACACCUCGUUUGGUAGAAAUUUUCAACAAAUUCAACAAAUAGAACUAAAUUUAUUAUAUUACAGUAAGUUUUAUUUUCGGCUGUUGUUCGUUUUUAUUGUCGUAUGUCAAUCCAGAAUUUAAAUACAUUUGACCCCUUUGCUGAUGCAAUCAAGGGUGCAGACGAUGAUGUUCAAGACGGUCUCGUUCACAUAAGAAUCCAACAGCGCAGUGGACGCAAAACUUUAACAACCGUUCAAGGUUUAUCAUCAGAAUAUGAUCUAAAAAAGAUAGUGCGCUCAUGUAAGAAGGAGUUCGCUUGCAACGGCACUGUAAUUGAACACGCCGAAUACGGUGAGGUGCUUCAGCUACAAGGUGAUCAGCGUGAGAACAUCUGUCAAUGGUUGACUAAGGCGGGCCUUGCUAAGCCUGAACAACUCAAAGUUCACGGCUUUUAAAUCAACCUCAGUUGUUUACUUAAUAAUAGCUAUAAUUAUAUUUAUAAAAACUGUAAAAAUGACGAGCUUAAACAUAUAUAAUAUCUCAACAUCCUUAAGCUGUCAGCAAAAACGCUAUUAAGUACAACUAACAUCAACGACCACAACUACGACAGCCGCAAUAUGUUAAGUCGAGGAUUUCGGGUCACCAAUAACAACAAAUAAAGCAGCAAUACCCAUUAAAAACCUACAACGCCGUUUGCAGUUUAUGUUGAAUUUAAUUAAACUCAACUCCAAACACAAAUGCUUCAAAAUCCAAUGUAAACUAUUUUAUACAUAAAUUAAAUCGAUUUAAAUUCUGUUAAUUUUUGCAGUUGUAAUCAUA